UACUCAAGAUUCAUUUCUUCUUAGAGCCCUGCUGAUUGUACUUUGCAGUUUCAGUUUCUCUUUCCUAAAGCAAACCGCAGGAAAACACAGCAAAGGAACCAAGAAAUGCCCCAUAUAUAGAUCUCCCUAGCAUCUCUGGGAGGCAGAGCAGGAAGAUCUCUGAAGAGCACAGCAGCCUGAGCGACAGCCUUCCAGAACCGCUGAGAAGCGCUCCGCAAACAUGAGUGAACACCGUCGAGGAGGAGAAGGAGUAGGAAGAGAAUUGCACUUACUGCACUUGCUCUGCUCCCCGGGAGAACCCACGCCCUGUCUGACAGCCUGCAUCUUUCUGUUUUGCCCUCCAGCGAGAGCACCAUGACCGCCCUGGAGAGCUGCUUACCGCAGCUGAAAUGCCAUUUCAACUGGAACUUGGUGGAGGCAGGAGAGUCGCUGGAUGAGUUCGAAGACGAGGUGUGUAAUGACACGGAGUUUCAGAACAACGAGUUCAGAGCGACGGUGUUCAACAUCCAGGCCUACAUUGAGCACCGCAGAGGCCGCGGCGAGGCGGCGCUGGAGAGCCUGCGGCGGGCGGAGGAGCUGAUCCGGCAGGAGCACCCGGAGCAAGCGGACCUCCGGAGUCUGGUCACCUGGGGCAACUUCGCCUGGGUCUCCUACCACCUGGGCAGACACGCAGACGCGCAGAUGUAUGUAGACAAGGUGAGACGAGUCUGCGCGCAGGCUCGCAGCCCCUACAGAAUGGAAAGCCCCGAGCUGGACUUCGAGGAGGGAUGGGCCCGGCUGCAGUGUGGAGGGAGGCACAACGAGAGGGCCAAGGUGUGCUUUAAGAAGGCUCUGGAAAAGGAGCCCAAGAACCCGGAUUUUGCCUCGGGUCUGGCCAUCGCCAGCUACCGUCUGGACACCUGGCCGCAGCCUCAGAAUCCCGUGGACCCUCUGCGGCGGGCCAUCCGGCUGAAUCCUGACAACCAGUACGCGAAAGUCCUCUUGGCUCUGAAGCUUCAGAAGAUGAAGGAGGAAGAGGAAGCAGACAGGCUCGUGGAGGAGGCGCUGAAGGGAGCCCCGGGGACGACAGAUGUGCUCUGCCAAGCAGCAAAGCUGUAUCGGAGGAAAGAGGCCCUGGACCAAGCUGCAGAGCUGCUAAGGCAGGCCCUGGAAGGUUCUCCGGACAGCACCAUCCUGCACUGGCGAAUCGGCUGCCUCUACAGGACCAAAGUCCUCGAGAUGCUCCAGGACCCAGGAAGGAAUGAGAUGAGCGUCCAAAGGGCAAAGUUACAGGAAACCAUAGAACAAGCUGUGUAUCAUUUAAAGAGAGUGGAUGAGGCCAAUGCAGAGUUCCCCUGUGUCUGCUCCUAUCUGGCCUGCCUCUACGCGCAGGCAGGCAAGUAUGAUGCCGCGGAGCAUUACUUCCAGAAAGAAUUCAGCAAAGAGCUUUCUCCAGGAGCCAGGCAAGUGCUCCACCUGCGCUAUGGCAACUUCCAGCUGUACCAGCUGAAGUGCGAAGACAAGGCCAUCCACCAUUUCAUACAGGGCAUGAAAAUCAACCAGGAAUCAAAGGAGAAAGAAAAGAUGAAAAAUAAGCUGCAGAAAAUUGCCUGUACCAGGCUUUCUAAAAACGGAACUGAUUCCGUGGCUUUGCACCUCUUGGCAUUUCUUCAGGAGCUGAAUGGAGACAUGCGGCCAGCAGAGGAAAACUCUGAGAGGUGUUUGGACUCUGGAAGCUUCCUCCAUUCAGUAUCUUUCACUGAGGAAUAAGGAAUCAACAUAUGGUGCUGGUGGAAUGAUGCAGGGAAGGGAGCAGAAACCCCUCCACCAAGUGGGUAUUCAUGAUAUGGGGCAACUUUACAGCAGCAUAGGUGUGGACUGAGCUGCUGGCCAUGGGUCUGCACCGGGUUUGGGGAGGAUACCUGCUGGGUAUCACACAUGAAUUGCUCAGGGAGUUCUGGGACAGGGACUAGAUGGGGGGGGGGGGUGGUCACAGGCUUUGGUUAGGAGGCUACUUCCCAACUGACCUCUUGGGAGUAGUUUGCAUUAUGAUAUUCCCUUAGUCAUCCUCCCUGUGGUGAUGUCUUGGGUUUGUCUCUAGGUUUAGAUAAAGCAGCCAGAUCCCUCACAUCUGUUAACAGUGUGGUCCGUUUUUGCAAUGUCUUUCCACCCUUGGAAUCAUUUUAGAUCUUGUGCAGUUUGGUCCUGCAGAGACACUAAUGUGUCCAUUCAAAGGUGGGGGGACCAAAGCCUCCAUAGGGCUGGGUAUCUUCUCUCCCUCACUUCUGCUUCCUCCCCAGACAGUCCUCAGUCUAUUUGAACUCAGGUUGUAUGGACAGUCUAGACUGAGGUCUGUCUGGGGAGGCAGGGGUCGCCUGGGGCUGGGGUCAGUGGCAGGAUCACAGGUGUCAGGAAAGUGAUGUGGAAUUGUGUUUUGGGAGUGAUGGGAAUCUUCUAAAACUUACUGUGGUGAUGGUUGCACAGCUCUGUGAAACGCUGAAAGCUACUGAAUUGGACCCUUUAAGUGGGUGAACUGCACAGCAUAUAGAUUAUAUUUCAAUGUAACUAUUAAAAAAUCAUAAUAGCCAAAAAGCAGAUUCAACUGAUGAAUGGACUCUUGUUCCAAAUGAACAUAAAGAAAGCCAGCUCUUCUGUUGCCUUCUAUUUUUAACCUCUAGGUUUGUUUUCAUUGUAUCGCACCCUUCUUAUUACUAGCAUUUAAAAUGCUGUUACUGCCUUUAUAUUCAAAAGACAGCUUGGACAACUCCCGAACCCUAUUGUCUGGGUAUAUAUGGGUAUGAAAAUCUAGUCCUAUAUCAUUUUAUCUUUAAACACUGGUACCGAACAACCAUUCAUGGGCAAGUUGGCUCCAAAAAAGAGUCCAAAUGCAAAAGGAAGUUUGGCUUAGUGUAGAAAUCUAAAUCUACAUGCUUACAGAUUUAAGAGGACUGUGCAGGGGCGCCUGGGUAGCUUGGUUGGUUAAGCGACUGCCUUCGGCUCAGGUCAUGAUCCUGGAGUCCUGGGAUCGAGUCCCACAUCGGGCUCCCUGCUCAGCGGGGAGUCUGCUUCUCCCGCUGACAUCUCUCCUCUCAUUCUCUCUCUCUCUCUCACUCUCAAAUAAAUAAAUAAAAUAUUUUUUAAAAAGAA